CACCAUUCAGACAAUAUUCCUUCUUUCACUAAAACACUCAACCAAACAAAGUGUAUAACUAAUCUUCAUCAUUGAUAAUUAAAUACACACACACACAUAUCUUCAAGAAAAAUGGAGAAAACCUUGUUGCAGACGAAUCCGCAGUUUAUAGACCUCAACUCCAAACCCAUGUACGAAACAUCGCAUGAUGAGCUGAUUCAAGAGCUGAGCAGAAUGAAAUGGGAGAACAAGAAACUCAAUGAAUUACUCACCAUUGUUUGUAGAAACUACCAAAAUGAUUGUGCAGAAGAGCUCCUCGCCUCGAGGAAAAGAAAGUCAGACCAACUCGAAAACUCAGGCCACAUUUUCCACAGCUGCUGUGGCGAAUGCUCACCGGGCAGGCCAAGGGAGAUUAAGUCGAAUACCUCGAGAGUUCAUGUCCGAAUCGAUCCAUCUGAUACAAGCCUGAUUGUGAAGGAUGGAUAUCAAUGGAGGAAAUAUGGACAAAAAGUGACUAGGGAUAAUCCAUCUCCAAGAGCUUACUAUAAGUGCUCACUCUCCCCAACUUGCCCUGUCAAGAAGAAGGUACAAAGAAGUGCCAGCGAUCCAUCUCUUUUAGUUGCGAUAUACGAAGGGCAGCACAACCACCACCCCUCCACCACCGAAAUACCGGCGUCACCAGUUCAGUCUCCGGUCGGACAGCCAGUCCCUGCCGCAGCAAACAUUGAUCCUACAAUAUGCAAAAGAAUCGAUAACGAGGAGAGUGAGAUUAAUCAGCAGGUUUUGGUAGAGCAAAUGGCUUCAUCUCUAACGAGAAAUCACAGCUUCACGGCGGCGCUUGUGGCCGCCAUCACCGGCCGAAUAUUAGACGACGGAUCCGAGGAAAACGACGACUGCUUCUCCAUCUCUAGAGUGCUUUCCGAGUAGAAAUUAUGUGUAUUUUUACAUCAACAAAUUAAACAUUGUUGAGGUUAUGGUUGAGAUUAAUAAAAAUGAUGUUUUUAUCUCA